CCCGUGCUCUUGAGUCUAGGACUCGCCAACCCUGCUUAAUUCCCAGCGCACAGGUAGCCCCAUUCAGGCUCCAUUCAGGGCCUGCAACCAAGUCCAGCCUGCAAGUGUCAGCCACACCUUCCCCUUGGUAGGGGCCGCUGGGUGACCUGGAGUCUACUGCGUCAGAACAACGCCUACCGAGGGCGUUACUGUGGCCUGUACUCGCAGGGGACAUCCUUGGAAUCUGUCCUCCCCUCCCAACGCCAGGUUAAAAACCUCAGCAGCACGUGCUGUUUGCAAAACUGCCUGCCACCUACCAGAGAUCUCGCUCACAAGGGGAGCCAGCAUGUCAGCUGUGGUCCUGGAGAACGGAAGCCCUGGCAGGAAACUCUCUGAGGGACAGGAAACAAGCUAUAUUGAAGACAACUCCAGUCAAAAUGGUGCCAUAUCACUGAUCUUCUCACUCAAAGAAGAAGUUGGUGCCCUGGCCAAAGUCUUGCGCUUAUUUGAGGAGAAUGAUAUAAACCUGACCCACAUUGAAUCCAGACCUUCACGCCUAAAGAAAGAUGAAUAUGAAUUUUUUACCUAUCUGGAUAAACGUAGCAUGCCUGUCCUAGCAAACAUCAUCAAGAUUUUGAGGCAUGACAUCGGGGCCACUGUCCAUGAGCUUUCUCGGGAUAAGACAAAAGACACAGUGCCCUGGUUCCCAAGAACCAUCCAAGAGCUUGACAGAUUUGCCAAUCAGAUUCUCAGCUAUGGAGCAGAACUGGAUGCAGACCAUCCUGGUUUUAAAGAUCCUGUGUAUCGAGCAAGACGGAAACAGUUUGCUGACAUUGCCUACAACUACCGACAUGGUCAGCCCAUCCCUCAAGUGCAAUACACGGAAGAAGAAAAGAAAACAUGGGGGACGGUAUUCAGGACCCUGAAGUCCUUGUAUAAAACCCAUGCUUGCUAUGAACACAAUCACAUCUUCCCACUUCUGGAAAAGUACUGUGGCUUCCGUGAAGAUAACAUUCCGCAGCUGGAAGAUGUUUCUCAAUUUUUGCAGAGUUGCACUGGAUUCCGCCUCCGACCUGUGGCUGGCCUGCUUUCCUCCCGGGAUUUCUUGGGUGGCCUGGCCUUCCGAGUCUUCCACUGCACUCAGUACAUCAGACAUGGGUCCAAACCCAUGUAUACACCUGAACCUGACAUCUGCCAUGAACUGUUGGGACACGUACCCUUGUUUUCAGAUCGCAGCUUUGCUCAGUUUUCCCAGGAAAUUGGCCUUGCCUCUCUGGGUGCCCCUGAUGAGUACAUUGAGAAACUCGCCACAAUUUACUGGUUUACUGUGGAGUUUGGCCUCUGCAAACAAGGAGACUCCAUAAAGGCAUAUGGUGCUGGGCUCCUGUCAUCUUUUGGUGAAUUACAGUACUGCUUGUCCGGCAAGCCAAAACUCCUCCCCCUGGAGCUGGAGAAGACAGCCACCCAGGAGUACACUGUCACAGAGUUCCAGCCCCUCUAUUAUGUGGCUGAGAGUUUUAACGAUGCAAAGGAGAAAGUGAGGAACUUUGCUGCUACAAUCCCACGGCCCUUCUCAGUUCGUUAUGAUCCAUACACUCAAAGGAUUGAGGUCUUGGACAAUACGCAGCAGCUUAAGAUUUUGGCCGACUCCAUCAACAGUGAAGUUGGAAUCCUUUGUAGUGCCCUCCAGAAAAUAAAGUGAAACCAUGGACAAAACCUGUCAACUGAGAAUCUGUUGAUAGAAAUCUGUUGAUAGAAAUUUCAUUUCAUCUGAAAAAGUUUGAAAAGUAAACCUUAAUUUGAAUUGACAGCCUUAAAUCUUUUUUGGAACAAGAUAUAGGAUGAACAAAUAAAUCAAAAUAACUUGAAAUGACAGCAUAUUAAUGCAUAUCCAAAAGCAUAAUCUUCUGGGGUCAUCUUUGAUUUAUAGAUGAUAAUCCCAUACUCUCAAUUCAGUUAAAGUCAAUAAUCUGUCACCUUUCAUCAACAUUAAUUAAAAUUGGGAACUGAUUUACUCAAGCUUCAUAUACGCUUUUGUUAUUGGCCAUAGAAAAUUCCUAAAGGAAUACAUAUCACUCAAUAUAAAACACAAGUCUCUUAUUAGAAUUUAAUUUGUUGAUUUAAUAUAAAUUUAACCUACAAACUAUAAUUUGUUUCAGUAAACUAUAAUUCUAAGUAUUGUUGUGUUUUAUCCAUGUAAUUUCCUUUAAUUCAAGAGCUCAUUAAAAUAGUUAUAAAGAUUGAAGUUCAUAACAUAAUAUUGAAGUACUUCUGUGUAUUUUAUUGUAAUCAUAAAUACUGCCAUGGAAGGUAAUAUAAGUCCUCACCUGACUCCUACAAAUUUCAAUAUCAUCUUCCAAUUAAUUGUCACUUUUUUGUAGAUAUUUUGUAGAUACAUGAGAUGCAACUGAUAUUAACUGAAGGUUUGGCUGGUAGAUAUUCAAUAAAUACUCAGUGAAAGAAUAAUGGAAUAUAUAAAUAAAUAGCAAAUCCUCAACAAAAGUGAGAAUUUUAGUUAUGUUUAAAAAAGUCAAGGGGUUAGAAAAUUUUACAGUUUCAAAUAUUCCUCUCCAUUGUCUUAGAAACACAUUAACUGGAUAAUCUUGUGGCAUGAAAAAAAUGAUCAGUCUCAGAUUUCCAACGCAUCACAGAGUUCACUGUGAUAAUCUAAGUUAUGUCUGAUAGUCAACAGACUUUGAUUUCUGUUGGCUGUACAUUUUAUACAAAUGCAUGACUAUCUGAGAAACAGUAGGAAAAAAUACAGCAUCUUUAAAGCUAUGCUUUGAAAUUUUCACACCACCUUAUCAUUUUACUUUGGAAGUAGUUAGAUCUCAGAGGACUUGCAUAGUAUGUGCUCAUGGGUGAUUCUCAGACCAGCUGUAUCAUCAUCAACAAUAAAUCCUGGGCAUAUCCCAACUCUAUCCAGUCAGAAUAUCUGGAGAUGGACCACAGAGACCUGAAUCUUUCAGUACCUCAGGUGUUUUGUUUUGCUUUUGCUUUUGUUUUUGUUUUUGCUUUUUUUUUUUUUUUUGCUUUUGCUUGUUUUUGUUUUUUAAUGCCCAGCAAGUCUAUUGGUACAUUAAGUUUGAGAGAACUUUACUUCUGGUGGCCAGUGCUGCCAAUUGCCAGUUAUGUCUCUUUUGGAUAAUUUACUUUGGAUCUCAGUUUUACUUGAACCGUAAAGGAGUUUAAAUGGAUGAAUCAAGGUUUCUUUCAGCCUUUAAGUACAAUUCAAAUGCUGACAUGUGUCUUUAAACCGACGUCCCCGACCCACUAACAGUGUGUAAUAAUACUAGUUCAACUAUGCUACCUGGGUGGAAAGAUCAAUUUGGUCUGAUUGUGUCUGGGAUCUCAUUGCUUUGAAUUUGGGUUUUCAUAUCUAUAUUUAUUUCCUCAUGCCUCUGUAGAACCUACUGACAAAUGCUGAUUCUAAAAGUGGAAAUGUUCUUUUAUCUGUUUCUUGAGACCCCAAACACCUUGCAAAGGGACUAUUUUGAUAAAUAUUUCUUUACUUUAUAUUAAGUUCUUGAUUUUGGAACUAAACUAUUUUAUAGUAUUUUAGACUAGAUAUUUUAUUUCGUAGUGCUUCUUAGUCUUACUGAAAAUAAUUUAAUGUGUUUGAAAUUAAAACUUAGGUUUGGGUUGCAAUUUUGCAGAAAAAAAUUACAUACUGACUGGAAGAUAACCUUUGAUUUUUUAAGUAAUGUGUUAUUCAGUACUUAGCUCUUUUUAUCUGGACAUAAAAACCCAACCUAAAGCAAUGGAUUCAACACAUUUUCCUGUGUUAGUAUUAUCGUCUGUUUCAUAUUCAGUAAAUGAGCUGGUUUUUUUUUUAGAAAAAAUAGUAAUGCUUUACCGAUAACUAGCCAAUUGCAUCUAAAAAAGAGAAAUACAUAGAACCAUUAUACAUUUUUAGUAUUAGUGUUCAAUAAGUUUCUAAAUAACUUAUAAACUUUCUCAAUAAGUUUAUAAAUUUAAAUUUUAAUUCUAGAUUCCUAAAUUAUAUAGCUUAACUGCUUAUCAAAGAAUUUAACACUAAAAUGUCAACUUCAUAAAGCAUGAAACUUGCCUGUCUUCACCUCUAAUAGCCUUAACAUAUAGUGCACAGUAGGUGUUUAAUAAUCUUUAAAAAAUUUCUAAGUGAGGCGAAUCAUAGGGCAUGUAGUGAAGAUUGUCUCUCACAAAUAAGCUAUUUUGAAAGAAAAAGUUGAGAAACAACUAAAUUUGCAAUUUUCCCGUUUAAAUGCGGUAGAACAUUUUGCAUCUUAAUGUAAUUUAUGAUUAAAAAAAGAUAUUGUGCCUUCAAAAUAGAUCAUGGCUAGGUAAUUUGUGUUUAUACUGCUUGAACAAUAACUGACAUAUGAAAGUGCUUAAUAAAUGUUUGCUAAUUAAUAAAGGAACAAAAUUGCA